CACCGUAAGCGCGAAACGAUCGUCCCAUUAUAGCGUUCCCACGCUUCCUCUUCUUCGAUCGUGAUCCGUGUAAAGUGUGAAUCUUUUGGAGGAGAAAAAAAGAAAAAGGAAAAAUAGAAGGAAACGUCCUUCGAGUGGAUCGGGGAAAAAAAAGGAUACGAAACAAAAUGAAAAUCCCAGCAGCUCUGCUGCUGAGCAUUCUGUGCUUGUUCUUGUCGACAAGAAGAACGAGCGCAGCUUUGGCAUCGAACUCGAAUCUGCCUAAUCAACUCAUUCGAGAAGAUAGUUUUGCGCCGAAUGAAUCGUCGAAUGUUAAAUAUGACGCUUCGACGACCGUACCAGACGGAGUGGACAAGAAAGUCAUAUUAUCGGAAUACGUGAAACCAUUCGACAAUCCAAAAACAGCACUUCUUCAGGAGAUUCGUACUUUGGACGAGAAUACAAAUGAUCGUCAAACUAAUGAUCCCGUUCUUCCAAACGCUCAGGUAAAGCUGAAAAAGGCAACAUCCUCGCCAACAAAAUCUAUCAACGUGAAUGCAAAGGAGAAAAUAAAUGGUUCGGAAACGAAAAAUCCCGUUUUCAAUAAGUUAUUAGAAGCCGAAGAUAUGGAAUACGUUGGAAAUUACAAUGGUCAGAAUUCUGACGAUAAGAACGAUAACAGUGACGAAGCCGAAAACACGGACAGCGAAUAUAUCGACGAUUACAACGAAGACGAUGAUAUCGACGAUGAUCUCGAGGAAGACGACGAUGACGACGACGAUGACUCGACCAAUUGCCCCAAACAUUGCAAAUGUAUGGGACAUUACAUCGCUUCGGUAACGGCAACGUGUACCAAACUCGUUGAACAACAAUCUUCUGAUCCUAUCAUAGGCGGUUUGCGAUUAGAAAAUGUCGGUGAGGUUCGUCUUGGUCCGCACGCAUUAAAAUCCCGUGGGCUGCAACAGUUGGGAAAUAUAAAGAUCACGGACACUCGUAUCGUCUAUAUCGAUCGUACGGCCUUUGACGGUAUCUCGUUCCUUUUCUCCGUCAAUCUUACAAGGAACGCGCUUCAGGACAUUCAUCCCCAAACCUUCCAGAAUAAUUCGCAGCUGAGUCUAUUGACCAUUUCCGGAAAUCCCUUGAGAUACGGUCAAUAUUUCAAAGGGACGAAACAUUAUCUCUUCGACGCACCUACCGUCACCGAGCUCGUUUUUUCUAACAACGGUUUACCAAAAUUGCCACGUACGGCUUUUCAAAAGAUGCAGAGCUUGGAGUACAUCAAUCUAAGUAGAAACAGACUGAAGGAAAUCGAAAAGACCCUUUUUGAUCCGUUGAACAAUUUGCUCGAGGUGGACUUGUCCAAUAACUUGUUGAACGAAAUCCCAAUCGAGCUCUUCAAUAACAAUUCCUUGGAGACUCUUCGUGUCUCUGGAAACAAUUUAUCAACUCUAGCUAAUAUAAGAGCUUCGGAAUUGACAACGUUGGAGGCAGCCAGAAACAAAAUUAAGGUUAUAGCGAAAGACGACUUAUCGGGUGUACCACUUUUGGAACAAUUCAUUGUUAGUUCGAAUGGAAUGAAAAGAAUACAUCAACAUGCGUUCAUGAAUCUCGACCAAUUAACGUAUCUCGAUGUCAGCGAUAACAAGUUGACUUCUUGGUCCGAACAUCAUCUCAGGACUAAUGCAAGAUUGCAGGUCUUGUUAAUGAACAAUAAUCCUGACUUAGGAAGCUUGCCUGUUUUCAAAAUUACUGGUUACGAAUACAACACGUACAGCACUUAUCGUUUGGAAUGUUCGAAUUGUGGUUUGGAACGAUUGGAGCCUCAAACAUUCGACGACAUGCCGGCUUUAACCAAACUGAAUUUAUCCAAAAAUCGUCUUACCGGUUUACCUAACGAUCUUUUCAAGUUCCUAUUUUCUCUUCAAGAGCUUGACCUUUCAGAGAACCUAAUAGCAACCUUAGAACCAAAUAUGUUCCGUGGUGCUGUCACCUUGAUGAAAAUUAAUCUCUCUGGUAAUCCCUUAGUAACUUUGCAAGUUGCUCCAUUUCUGCUGACGCCUUCGCUUAACAAGCUCGACGUGAGCAAAUGCGAGUUGGAAAGAGUCUGGAGCGAGGCUAGAGUUCCUUUGAAGAAACUUCGAUUCUUAUCGGUUAGCGGUAACUUACUGCGACGAAUCACUUUGGAAGAACUGAAGGCCAUGCCGAAACUUUCAGCCUUGGAUUUGUCGCAUAAUCCCUUGGACUGCGACGAAGAUUUUAAUACGGCUGUCGAAUGGUUAACCGCUCACGGUAUUACACCCAUCGAGAUACGCACGCACAGUAUUUAUGGCGAUAACAUGGAUUACUCUGACGCGGAAGGCAUCACGCAGUGGAAAGAUUUAGCGAAAAUCGUUUGCGAUGGUGUCGAGGAUGGACCACCGUCUAGAAUGAUACCUACCCCAAUAAAGUCAAAAGUCAUCUUCCCGAGAUUACUCAGUGACGUAGAGAACACGAAUUCUCUUUUAAGCGGAGAUCUCGAAGACAACGAGGAUUUAAAAGCAUUCGAUCAUUUCACACAAUCGGACGAUGACGACAGAGCAUGGGAGGAGAAUCAAUAUACAGAAUAUGGAGAUUAUAUGAUGGAAGCAUCAAGUUAUCGACCAUGGUACAGUAAUGCACUUUGGCCUAUACUAACUGUCAUCGUGGUGACGUUAAUAAUCCUUUUAUUGGUUGCUCAUGUGGCUAUCACUGUGGCGAAACGUCGCGGUCGUAGUCCAGUCAUCAGACCACCGAUGAUCCUUCGUCAAGGUCUCGUCGAUAACAAAAAUUGUGGUUUGGUUUACAAGCCUCUUCAAGAAGAAAUUGCAACUCCUCAUAUGCCUAAAAGAGGUAGCUUUUACUCGAGCAGUACCUUCCAUUAUGACAAGAUCGUACCCGAGAGCGUAUAAACGUAUUAAUAUUCGUUUAAAUAAAAGGACUAAUUGAAAGUCAAUUGAUAAAUCGAUAAAUGUGAAAUAAUCCAAUCGAUAGGAUGAACAUGAAAAAGGGUGGUAUGUUUUUAUGAAUUUAUUAGCGUUUUUAUUAGAUAUUACAAGUAUUUUACUGAUCGAAUUAUUUUAUCCGUUCGUCGAAGACGAACCUCUUCCGUAAGAAAAUACAAAUGAAAAUGAUUUCGCGAUACCACGAAGAAUCGCGAAUUUUUUUAGUGCCUUUAAGCAUUUGUGCUUUCGAAAUUUUUAUUAUCGAGUAAUUACGUAAAAGAAGCAAUCGAUCAAUCGUAUAAUUGAACGAACAUUCGUAUCCUUAAGAGAUAGACGAUGGUUUUUGCCUUUUAAGAGUACAAAGGCAAUCGAAUAAAUCGAUGGGAAAAAUGCAAGUACAAGAUAUGUUUGGGAAGACGGUGUCCACGAUUAAUUAAUUAUACAUGUACAUUUAAUUAAUAGCGCAUACUAGUUACUUUCGAUGUGGCCAGUGUAUCAUAAGAGAGUGCAAGAAUGAGAAAAAUAAAAAUUAUAAUGCAAGCUCGAAUUCGAAACGCUGCCAUAGUAAUAUAUGCCAACUGUAUGUUUUUUUUAAAAGUUCGCAGUUUUUUGAUCACUUUAAUAAAAACUGUUUUACAAGUAACGAAAGAAAAACUGCUCUUUCGUAGUACGAUAUUAAGACUAACAUCUUAUAGAACGAAUGGGUACACUUUUAUGUGCGCUACUAUAUUCUGUAAAUAAUAUAUAACGUUUUAAUAAAAAUUGAAAUAAAUUAAAAAA